UUUGCUGUGAUUGCAUUGUCCGGACAUAGAUGAGUCGGUUUGGCAAGUUUUGUUGGUUUACUUUCUCCACAAGCUAAAACCUCAGCCUGUAUAUCUGUUAUCUCCAUAGCGGGAGGUGAGGACAGGCCGUCGGUUUUGUUGUUUACUAACUUUGAGGCACCACCCUCGCUAUCUCCUACAGUCAGCAUCGAGUCAUGCCCCAUCCCGUUACUGAUCUGAUCCUCGGACCCCGACCACGAUCCGCUAGCUUCGGUGUCCUUCUUCUUCUUCUCCCCUUGUACCGGAGGGACUUCGAUCACAUCUGUCAAGUCGGACUUCUCGGCACUGGAGGUGGCGUUAACAGCGCUGUGAGUACCAACGUUAGUGGUGCUGUUAUUGCAACUAACGUUAACCAAAGUACUAAGAGCAGCCUCACUAUUCUUGCAUUUCUCGGCAGCUCCUUUCACGCCGCCAACAGCCGUAACAUCGCCCAUAUCUCCCGCGAUCGUGGUACACAACGAGUUCCCGUCAGUGUCUCGAUGCAGGUUUGCAUUUUUCUCCAUUUCGAUGUACAGACUGUCGACAGAUUUUAGCUAAAUUUCAGCAGCAGCUUCGGUCCCAAAGACGCCAUGACAACUCUGCGAGUGACGUCAUCAGAGUGAAUUGAUUUCAGGCCGAACAAGGGGGCGCUCGAGAGCGGACGUACAGGCGGUGGUGCGUUUGAGGAUACUCGGAUUUUUAUAAUUCGACGUUUCCCCAGGCAAAAAUUACAAAAUAUAAAAGAGACUCUACGGUGACAAGUUCUCUUGUCAUCGAUUUUUUAAAACAAUUUAUUUAUUAACAUUUUUUCAUAAACAGUAUUCAACUUCAAUAACAACAAUAGAACUAAACAUUUCACCCAAACCCAACCCCCUCCCAGAACAAAUCCCAUAGGCCAACUCUUACUUACAUCCUUAAAAAAAAAAAAAAAAAAAAAAAAAAAAAAGAUUAAAAAAAAAUAAAAAAAAAAAAAAAAUGAUAAUGAUAUAAAUGUAUAUAAAUAAAAUGAUGAAAUAAUAACAACAACAAUAAUAAUAAUAAUUAUUAUUAUUAUUAUUAUUACUUUAACAAUAAUAAUAAUAAUACUAAUCAUCAUCAUCAUCAUCAUCAUGAUCAUCAUCAUCAUCAUCAUAAUAAGAUGAUUUGCAGAUGUGCUACAACCAUAGACUGUAUAUACUAUGGCUUCAACCAACAACUACCACCACACCACUGACAGUACUCAUCUAGUUAUCUGUGAGAAGUUAUCCAGAUAUAUUUUAAAGUCAUUCCAGCAUUUGCCAAAAAGAUGGGGUUUCUUUGUCAUAUUAAACAUAAUUUUUUCAGAGGUCAUGUAUGAUGAAAUCUCCUUAAGCCACAUUGUCUGUCAAGAUCACAACUUUAAAAAUUCACGAGGACAAUAUUGGAAAUAUCGUCAAUAGUUUGAAAAAGUACCUUUUACAUUUAGUGUAUUGAACUACUGGAUAUGGAAGAUGUUAACUACGCAGAGUUGAUCGCAGUUGCACCAAACGCAGACUUUUUAUCUUGACUUUAUCUUGAAACUGACCCAUGAAGUUUCUAUUUUACCAGGAUAUAGAUGGAGCUUGAACAUAACAUGUUGUGCCCGUUCGCGUACAAGUGCUCGCGCUUCUGCGAGGCCCUUGUAAUCUCGCGUUGAUAGACCCCUAUACAACUCUACAGCGAAACGAGACCAUAAGAAAAAGUGACGCUUAUUGGUCAUUGAUUGUAUUCAUAUGAUGAGCAUUUAAAGGGAAAAAACAGUUGUUUGUGCCAAAUCUUCAAUGGUCGCAUUUAAAAAAAAAAAAAACAAAGAUAAUUAGUUGACUAAUCGUUUAUUGGGCAUCGUAGACAGUGAUUUUUUUUUUCAGGAGGAGGGAGGGGCCGGGAGGAAAGACAACCUCUUCGUUUAAUUAAUUUGUCAGUUCAGACCAGUCCACAUGCAAUAAGUUCUUUGAGUCAGUAGGUGGCAGCCAUUACUUAACUGGCCCGAGAAGGAGAUUCAUCUACCUCCCCUGACAGAUUUUAAGAGGUAAAUAUGUGCAUCAGAAGAAAAACCUUUCUUCAGAACAUAGAGACCAAGACAUUAAUCUUUAAAAAAAAAAAAAACAACAACAUACAUUUAGGAGCAAUGUAUUUAUUUUCUAGGAAGAGGGGUGUUGCGAGGUUUUCUCCUAGUUAUAGGACUAUUCAGUUAAUUCAGCUAGAAGACCCUCAUUUUCUUAGCAAUUAUCGUUUUAAAAGGGAGGCUGGAUGUGAUGGGAAGAAAUGCUCAAAGUUUUCUUUGAUAAUAUCAAUUGUCUGAGUGCUAUAUGUAAUUUCAAGUACAAAAUAUGCUGCCAAUAAAGUCAAUACUUGCCUCAGGUGUGAUCUGACCAGAAUCUGAAUAACAAACAAAGAACUUGAUCUGCCAUGGGUGAAGGUGGACAGAUAUGACAGUAAGUGACUGAGAGAACCGAGGACCUACACUAAGAUUUGCCAAUGUCAGCUGUAUGAGUGGAAUCUGAGCCAGUAUUGCUGUUUUUGGUUGGUCUUAAUAAAAGUAAUCUGGUGACCUAAAAUUCAAUGUUUUUUUUUAUUUUUUUUUUAAAGUUUGUGAUGGUAUGAAGAAAAACAAUGAGCUGUUUUUAUUUUAGAUCUAUGUGGCGGCUGACAGAAUAUCGUGGGGAAAAAAAACUUAUCCUGUUAUAUGAAAGUAAAUAAAAACAUUUCUGAAUGUUACACGAUUAGUGACUAAGUUGUCUUUGCAAAAUAUUUAUUUAUUUAAUCUAAAUCAAAUAACUUCAUCCUCUUGUCUUUGGUAAAAUAAAUACCACUUUCUGCAUAGGCCUAUUACAAAAGUUAAAAACCACAAGUGUAGGAAGAGAUGUUUCAAACAUUUCUUAUCAGCAGAGAGGAGAGGUUAACUCAAAUAACUGUCAAUUAAAACUCUUAGUUAAUCUAAGUAGACGUAUACAAAUGAUUCACAGUUUGUCCCUUAACAUAAGACCGCUGAGCACUGACUGUAGUAAACGGAUGGGUGUGCCCCUUAUGGUGUGUUGUGCCCUCGCUCGCUCUCUUGACAGCACAUGGUGGAAGUAGAGGGGAGGGUCACAGUCUGUGGCUGAGUUUGCCUACAUGAAUCCGGGUAACAGGGGGCAGGAAGAGUCGGUGCGAGUGAUGGGAGCUCACUAGGGGAAAAGAAGGACAAAUGUACCGGUAACAGACAGACAACGAAACAAUAGACAAUCAGGCUCGCUGGGUCACAUAGCGAGCUUAAAGGGACUUUCGAUACGAUGAUUUUCAGACUAUUUUUUAUGUUUUGCUGCCUACGCUUCAUAACAGGUAAGUUUGCCAUUGAUUCAAACGUAAUGAAAAAUAAUUAGGUCAGCAAGUUGUUCUCUGACGACGGUUUAAUUUACUAACUUGCUGGAUAAUCUGAGUAUAACUGAUAACUUUAGUUUACCCGGUAAAUUCAAAUGAACUGUGGUAGUGUUGAUUGUCUUGCAGGUUACAUAUGUAGAUGUAUGAUAUGCUGCACUGCUGCAGUUACAAUAACUAACUGCAGGAAUCUGAACUGGCUGCUUCAUCUAUUUCUUCCACCUCAAAUGACCCCAACUUAAUACGAAUAUAGUCCACAGUGGGAGUUUAAAACAGAAAAAACGAUCCACGAUUAACAGUAACUGUUGUUACCACAGGAAUACAAGAUGGUUUGUUAUAAGUUUUAAUCAAAGUUGCAAGGGAUAUUAAAUGACUUUGUUUCUACUAUGUUCUUGUCAAAAGACUAUGGAAAUGGAUGAAAUAUGAUCUAGUGCCAUACCCUUGAUAUUUUCUCAUGACAGAGUCCAAUCCUGCCAUCACCCAGCAUUCAUAAUAAUGCCAGGCUCACAUCAGCUGCAACAUGCUGUUGCCUCCUCCUCUGUUCCUGUCAGCAGUUUCCUCCGGGGGAAUUGCACUUCACUGAGUCACUUAAGGCUCAAACAGAUCACACUGAAAUCAUAAUGAAAUGGUGUCCACAGCAAAAAAAUAGGAAAGUGGUUUUCAUAGCUGAUAUUGAUAAGUAAUUCAGAAAGUCAGUAUUAUUGUCUGUGGGGAACUUUCAGCGGCAACUCCAUGAAGUAGCACAGCCAGUAUAUUCAUGCUUUCAAAAUCUGUUACAGCAGCUCCUUCAGAGUAGUUUGUUAACAUGCUGAUAUGAGUGGGAAACACCAGGAGCCCUGACAGUAACUGGGAUGCUCCUGUAAAUGUGCAUUCUUGAACAAGUUAAGAUUUUGACAGUGUCCUUCUACUAGAAUAUUGGUAGAAAAUCUAUAACAUCAGAAAUUUCAGGUAUAAUAUUAAUUUAUGUCACAAGAGACCAUCUGUUGUGAUAUUAACCUAGUGCUGUCAGAGUUUUGUAUUUAAAUGAGGACAUCAUAUUCUACUGCGAAGACUAAUCAGGUCAGCGUGAGCUGUCAGUGUUUGGUCUCGGAUCAAAUUAACAUAGUUUCUGAUUUGUUACUUUCACACCACAAAGCACAUCAUGAUGACUGUCUGUCUUUUCUGGUCUCAUUUUAUUGUCUGUUAUUUUUUCAAGUAAGAGCUAAAGAAAGCUGGCUGUCAGAGAUUCUUCUUGGUGCAUUCACAGACAAGUUGCUGCUAGCCUAGUAAAGCUCCUCCCUGUUUUGGGCAUUGUGACUCCCCCACAAUGAAGCUCUACAGAACUGAACAAACUUCACAGUGGAACUAUCAAGGCAAGAUGGGGCACCUAUACUUUUGACAUUUAGGAAAACAGACAGGAUUACCUCUGUGGACGCAUCAGUGAGCUAAAAAGCCUGGUAAACACGAGGAUGAAAGCUAGUAUCAUUCUGAACACCAUUACAGCAAUUAUAUACAGCUGUAUCUCUGCCUGGCUUCAUAGGUCUUUGUCAUGCCACAGAGUUGAAGGUAAAUAACAAAUAAAUAUGGCUGGAUUCCACUUAGCUGCCUCAGUUUGAGAGCCUGUAUUAUAUAUUCCUCCUGCUUGUCAUGGCCAACUUUAACAUAAUCAGCCAAUACUGAACAGGAAACCUGUGUUUCCCUGCUGUGAAAAGUCCAGUGUCUGUUGCUGUUUUACCACAGAUAUUAUUUUGUUUUUCAAGCGAGAUGGAUAUUAAUAAGCCUUUGAAUCCUCUCUCAGGUCAGUUUGAGAACCCCUUGAACCAAUAUAUACGCCAUUAUGAAGGUUUGUCAUACGACACAGAAGCCUUGCACAACAGUCAUCAGAGAGCCAAGAGGGCCCUCUCUCCUCAGGACAGGAUUGUGCACCUGGACUUCCAUGCACUUGGGAGGUCAGUUUACAAACAAACUCGCACAUAAAUGCUGCCCUUCUCACUUUUACACUGUCUCCUUCAAUUCACCACACUACUUCCAAUUACCUUCCUCCUUUACACCUCACAGUACAUCUGUGAAGGUUAGAUAAGUAGCUUCAUCAGUGAUUGUGUGUUGAGUUCAAGCUGUAAUCACCCCUUGCUUUGUCUUUUUUCUAUUAAUUUUACCCUCUGCAGCGAAGUUCUCUUAUAUUCUCACCACCUUUACCUUUUUUAUUUCUCAAUGACACAAUGUUCAAGUUAAGUACUAAUCAUGUUGUCUGGAUACUGUGGUGAUAGCACAGAUUUGGAAACCAGCAGCUGUUGGAAAAGGUUUUGCAGCAUCUAUACUGAAAGUUUAAUCCUCAUGCUUGUAUGGACAAUCACAUUCUGAUGAAACAAUGUCACAUGCUGCCAGGUAUGCAUACCUUACUUCAAGAAUGCAAGAAUAAUUUAUCAUGCACAAAGACUCCCAUCUGGUCUCUCUGUUCAAGACACACCCUAACAUUGUAUAAUAUACAAUACAAUGCAAUACAAGGACUUCAUUGAUUGUUAUGAAAGUCAUAAUGAAGGUUAACGCUAAUUAAAAUCAGACUUACUAUGUGCACAAUCCAGAAAUAGUCAUUUAAGCAAGUCAAAGAUUCCAGUGUAUAUUAAAACAGUGUCUUUAUUUGAAGUCCAAGUGAACUGAUAUUUCAGUCCCAACGAAAUGUUUCAAAUUGGAAAUAUAAACAACACUGUAGUAGUAGAGCCAGCAGCUUAUAAAGAAUGGGUUCCAGUACAGAAGAUAUCAUGAUGUAACCAUUUUUGGUAAACUGUACUGUAUACAGUAUAUUAUCCUCUUAGCAGGCACCCCAUCUCUUAUGUCUUCAGGCCAUUAUUAUUUCCUCGAGCCAGUCUGCUUACUGAGCAAAGUUUAUGACUGUCAGAUGCUUGAGUCAAUAUGUUCAGGAUUCAGGAGAUGUCUGAAUAAUUUAUCAAUCAGCUGGUUCUAUCUGAUAUGAAGAACUGACUGGAUCAACUGACUCUCUUCUUCCUGUGUGACGCAAACCACAUUCAUUUGUCUGAUAUGUGACUAAAAAUCUAAAACAAAGGAUCUGUCAUCACAAAAGCAAAAACAACCUAGAUUACCUGUUGCUGUACACUUUGUUGCACUAUAUUAUGACAUUUUAUUGCUGCAUUUCUUACACUGAUCAGACACUUUUCUAUCAUGGUGGCAAAAUAUAUCAGAUUUCUGAGUCAAGAUUGUGGCUAUCAGUUCUAGAGUCUGAGUUCACUUAUACUGUGCAGUUUUGGCUGUUUGUUCAUUUUUAAGGGGACAGAAGAAAAGUAAAAUUGAUUUCCAGUUUAAACCUGUAAGUACUUAUGUUUCUGUUUUUGAUUUUUUUUUUUUCAAACAAUGCUCACAAUUUUUGAGAUCCAUCUGUAUGGCAGUGCAGCAGAGACGUGUACACAAAAAAGAGGAUAAUAUCUAGUAUUGAUGAAAAUUAGGAGUGGGGAAAAUUGGUACAACAGUUGUUGUUCCCUGAGGUGGUAACUGUCAUAUGUUGCCCUGUGCAUGUGAUUGAUUUUUGGCAAAUGCUAAGAAUUUGUAUGAAAACAUUAGUAGUGUUUGGUGUAUUUAAUGUUAACACACGUCUUCUCCUGAUUUUCUUUGUAGAUAUUUUAACUUGCGAAUGAAGAGAGAUACUACCAUAUUUUCUCCAGACCUCGUCAUUGAGGUAUCAGGGGAGAAGGAACCUAUGGAUACAUCCAGUAUUUACAGUGGGGAAGUCUUUGGUAAGUCCAGCUGGACUUACCAAGGUCAAAUUUUAUCACUGAAUCAGUUGGUCUUACAACAAGUGUCCAUAAUCUCAGCCUAGCAAUACUAGAAAGCUGAAAUCUUUGUACUUUCUCUUUAACAUGAAAGAGCAUACAAUACCAACAUUUUGACCACACACCGGGAUUAUAUGUGAUUACAUUACAUUUUUAUAUGCCUUGUGAUAAAGCCAUGACUUUCUGCUUUCAAUUAUACCACAAGAAUCGUAUGAAGCAAACUAUUUUAAUAAACUUGAAGUCUGUGACUUAGAAUUCAUCUCAUGCAAUUUCCAGUAUCAGUUGAUCAGUUUGUUUGCUUAUUGUUUAUAGAUUCUGAAUGUGCACAACAUAGAUAUUUCAUUUUAAUUCCAGUAUAGAAGAAUAAUUUAGUAGUCUUUAUUAGUCUCUGUAGGAAAAAAGCAGUUUGACUGUCUGUCCAUACCCCCAUUCACUUCUUUGUCAGGUGACAAGGGCACGCUGGCCCAUGGCUCUGUGGUGGAUGGGCGCUUUGAGGGCUUCAUCAUAACUCACCAUGGGACAUACUUUGUCGAGCCCUCAGAGAGGUACCUUAAGGACCAGAACACACCAUUCCACUCCGUCAUCUAUCACAAUGAUGACAUAAGUAAGCAUCAGCCGUUUCUCUUAUUGGACUGACACACACUUUGUGGUCUCGAGUUGAAAAGGAAGUUUAAGCUAACAAAGCACACACAAGAGUCAACUGGUGUUUGUGUUUUGUUCACACAUGUGAAUUUAGUUGUACUUUGAAAAAAAAAAGCGUUUUUAAUAAAACCAUGUUAGAUUUUUUUUUUUUUUUUUUACCUUGGCUUGUGGUCUUGCUAGGGUCAAAAUGAACAACUGAUUCUUAAAAGGAAACACAACCCCCCCACAUAAGGUAAUGCAAACAUUGCAGAAGUAGAGAGACAUUCCAAAGAAGAGCCUCCAGCAAUAAAAGUUCUCACCUGAUAUAAACCCCACCCUGACUUUUGGCUGACUGAUAUUCAUCACUCACACCAAUGAACACAGACCAAGGAGAUUAAGAUGAGAUAAGAACUUUGUUGAUCCCCAAAGGGAAUUUCCUGAGAAUGUGUUUUGUGAAAAGUUUUUUUUUUUUUUUUUUUGUAGAUGUUUCCUGUAAAGAUUCUGAUGCAACAGUGAAAAAUAGGAAACCAUGUUGUUCUAAAAUGAUGAAGUCCAAUUAUUUGACUGUAGGCUUUUCUCACCUGUCUUCUUUUUUUUAAACUUCAGAACAAAGUCAAAGAGCCUUUUGAGGAGCAGUUGAAUCAAAAAGCAUUUUCUGUUGGGACAAAAAGGUCCUUUUCCUUGAAAAGAGAGAACACAUCGCCAGAGAUUGGAUCUGUCGUCUCAUUGUUUUUCCUAUUGGUUCAGAAACCAGCCUAAUUGAAACCCACUGACCUGCAAAUAUGAAGGAAAAAAAAUUGUUGUUCUUUAUUUUUUCCUUGUUUUAAAAUGCAUCUUUUUGCACCCCAGCUCACCCUGAUUCCCUUUCCCCAGCCUACCACACAUGACUCAUCCAUGUUGCAGUGUAAGCUUUCGCAACUGUUGCCUUAUCUCCUCCCUUUCUGCUAGAUUAUCCUCACAAGUAUGGCUCAGAGGGUGGCUGCGCUGACCACUCAGUGUACGACAGGAUGAGGAAGUACCAGGCAUCCGUAGUAGCAGAGCCAGUCAAAGUAAGUGCCCACAUUACAACAAGGCCCCUCCCCUCUUCCCAGCUUCGUAAUUAAACACACAGAUGGACCCGGCUUUAGAUUACAGAGGUCUGAGUCAAUAUCCAUUCUACCAUACCCUGACAGAGGGAACGUGUAUAUAUUUUCAGCUGAAGUGUACAUGCUUUUAAUAUUAACCAUGAUCCCAAUCAAAAUUUAAGACACAUUGAAUUUUUUUUACAUGGCAAUAAGACCUUUCUGAUUAAGACUUUUGGAGAAAAUGUGGCAAUCCCAAUCCUAAUCCUUACCCGGAAGCCUUUGCACAUUGGACCCCUGCAGAUUUAACAUCAGGAGUAUGAUAUAAAUUAAAUUAUGAUGUGAGAAUGGUUACAGUAUAAAAAUGAUGACAGGGACACACUUCUUUAACAUCACAUGUUGCCUUUAAACAAGAUAUGACAUCAAAUAAGAAAGAAAACCCUUCCCUCUGUUUGUAAUGUUUGUUUUGAGUGUAUAUGUCUUUAAGGAGACUAUCAAAACUUUUGUUUUGUUUUUAAAGUGAUAACAUAAAUCCUUUUGAAUUGUGAUAUAAACAACUUUAAAAAUAACAUAAAAAAAGUGAAAAAUCACCCUAUCAUGUGCAGAUAAACUUUUAUGCAUUUUUUUUCCAUGUAAUGUCCAUGAUUGAUUUGUUUACAUUUAGGUUUUUGUACUCAAACCUUAUUAGAUAAUAUUUCAAUUUCAGAUCAUGUUUACUGUUAGAAGAUGGUUGGAAAGUGACAUCCUUCACAUCACAUAUUUUUUUAUGAACUCUGGGCAGUCUACAGAAAUGUGGGCUCAAGCAAAGAGCAUCAUUUUGAGCAGGAAAGUCUGCAUUAGAGUCCUCACACACUUGACAGUUUUACCCCUGUGGCACCCUUAAACACACAUACACUGGAUAAGAAUGUCAGAGUGAGACUGGAGAUUGGUAUUGGUGUAAUGUGAAUUUUUAGUGUAGUUUGGUGCAGCUUCCUUGGAGAGGAGUGUUUUAACUCUACUAAACUGUGAUAAGAAGACCGGUCCCACUGGAAUCAGAACUGUUGAGUGUUUCCCUGGGGAUUAGUUAAACAAUCUCUUUCACGCUCCUCAAAUUUGGAUUUCUUUGCCCUCCUAAAUCCAGCCUCCAUCUGUUUGAUACUGACCUUUGUUAUUUUUUGGUUCAAUGCUACAGGAUGAAAACAGUGUCCUGGAGGAGGAGAGCUCUCAGAGAGAUCCUGUUGUUCUGAGGAAAAAAAGGGCUGCAGCAAAAGAGAAAAACAUUUGUCAGCUCUUCAUCCAAACUGACCACACUUUCCUACAACAGUUUGUCACAAAAGAGGCUGUCCUUGCACAGGUACACAAUCACCCACAGUGAAAUAACAGGUUAACAUCUGUCAAAACUGUUUCUAAGAAAUUCUUCAGGGUAGGAUUAGCAGAUGUGUCUUGAAUCAGCAUUAUUCUUAUUUUCCCUUGGAAGCUUAGUGUCUUCAAUGAAGUGGUUUUUCUGGUGCUUAUUUUUUGCUGAUUGAACUAAACACUUUCCCUGCAGAUCUCUGGCUACGUGAAGGCCACUAACUCCAUCUAUCAAGCCACAGACUUCAUGGGCAUCCGGGAUAUCAGCUUUAUGGUUAAAAGGAUCAAAGUGAGCUAAAAAAUCAGACAGGAGCACUUUUGGCUGAGUCUGGACAUGUAAAUCAGCCAACUAAAUAGUUGAAAUUUUUCUCUCUUGUAUUUAGAUAAACACCACCAGCGAUGAAAAGGACGAAACAAAUCCCUUCCGCUUCCCCAACACUGGGAUAGAGAUGCUUCUGAACCUGUUCUCUGGACAGAACCAUGAUGACUACUGCCUGGCUUAUGUCUUCACGAGCAGGGGAUUCAGUAUGGGACAUCUCGGUUUGGCCUGGAUCGGUUCUCCCUCAGGUUGGUACACAACUACACAUCCCUGGUUGGAUUCUUCUGUUUUUCUUCUGUUACUCAAACACAAAAGCUGGUUAAAUGAAAAACAACAUAGGGAUUUACCUCAGCUCAUCCAUGAAUAAAUAGUAUUUUUGUUUGCAUUUGUAUCUGUUGGUAAUACAGGCGGUUACACUUCUGUUAUUAGUAUUACAUUUUCAUGUUUAUAGCAUCAUAAUCAAUAACAUAUUCUCGAGUCAUUUUAAGGUUUUUUAGGUCUUGUCCCAUCAGCGUUUUUUGUCUGAUUUCCUCUCAGACUGGGUGUUAUCCAAAAAGUUCACUAAUGUAUUUUUGAUUGAAGAGUUAGCUGUUGUUAUUGAAAUUAUCACCACAACAGAAUAUGUUUGUAUCAUCUGCAAAUUAAACAAGCUUCGGUAGAUUCGAUAGUUUACAUGUAUCAUUAACAUAUAAGAUGAAUAAUUUAGGGCCAAUCACUGAACCCUGGGGGACACCACAAGCAAUGUCCAAACAUAAUAAGCAACAAUCCCCCAACUUCACAAAUUUCCUGUUUUCUAAGUAACUCUUGACCUAGUUCAACUCUACACCCCGAUGCCAAGUUGUUCAAGUUUUUUUUUUAAUAAGAAUGGUUUAUUGUGUGAAAUGCUUUUUAAUGUCAGUAAAUAUCCCAAAUGCAUUUUUUUCUGGUCCAUAGAGUUUCAAAUUUCUUUGAAUCUAGUAAAGCCAGUGUUGUUGAUCUGUUUGACUGUCAGUAAGCAGAUUGUAUUUUUCAGUGAAUUUGUCCAGCCGGUUCUUGAAAAGUUUUUCUAGAAUUUUAGAGAGUUGUGGUAACAAUGAGACAGGUCUGUAGUUUGUGAAGUGGUGUAUAACUCAUUAACACAGUAUCUGAAACUGAAAAAUCAGAUGUAAUAAUGCUCACUUGUCAUCUAAGAGCCUGUUUAGAUUCUAACUGUAUAACAAAAGCUUAUUUCUGUUGUCACAGUUGGUCUUUUGAACAAAUGCUGUGAUCUUUUCCCUCUUCUUCAUUCAUCAAGUGACAUAAUUCAGUGCAGAGCUUUUUUUUUUUUUUUACUUUAGUACUGUGGAAAAAUGUUCACUGUUUUCAUAGUAUUAGAAAAAUAAUUUAGUAAGCCUAUUCAAUGCCUUACUUUUAAAUCGGUGCACCCAAAUUUUUUUGUUGUAUCCAAGACACUUGUGCUUUGACACUCCAAGUGCAGCACCUUUUGUAAGCCCAUGUUAGAAACCGAGACUGCAGAGACUUGGCUUAAGCAUCAGUCUGUUAAACAUGCAAGAGUAUUUUUUUUUAUUUUCCCUUUACUGUAAUUGAAUGUUUUGCAAUUUUUUUCUUGGUUGCAGAUAUAAAUAAGUAGUGGUUUUGUGAACUGUGGAGCAGUUACGCUUCCUGUGUUUACUAUUUAUUUAAAUAUUUGAUAAGAAACCUGUAGCUUGAUUCAAAAAAUCACUUCCUCUGAUUCUCAACAUCUUUCACAAUUUGCUUCAUGUGUAACCCACCUUUAAUGACUGGACUAUUUCAGUUUUAAACAUUAGAAAAAUCACAGUAUUUAAACAUUCAGUAUCUUCAAUUGAAUAUUUUCAUAAUCCACUCUUCUCUGUUGUGUUAAUUUUGCUUCCACAGAGGACAGCAAAGGCGUCUGUCAGAAGUACCGACCGGCAAAAGUUGGACAUAAGUCUUUCAACACCGGAAUAAUUACUGUGAAUCUCUUCGGAUCAAUUGUCCCUCCCAAAGUGUCACAUGUCACCUUCGCUCAUGAAAUAGGGCACAGCUUGGGCUCUCCUGUGAGUACGAUGUUUUAAAAUGUUUAACUCUUCUUUUUCCUGGCCAAGCUCUUAAACAUAUCACAUGCUGCUGUUUUGUUACAAAUCACCCUGCCGGUUUUCCUUUAUUUGCCCUCUGUUUUACAGCAUGACUCUGGGAUCAAAUGCACCCCUGGAGAGUCAGAUUUUCAGGAAGAAAAGGAGCAGGGAAACUACAUCAUGUAUUCCAGUGCUACAUCAGGAGACAAGCCCAACAAUGACAAAUUCUCCAUCUGCAGCAUUCGCAAUAUAAGUGCUGUUCUGGCCAUUUGGAAAGAUGACUGCUUUGUUGGUAAGUCCUCUCUUCUAAACUCAUCUGCUCCUGUCUCUGCGUGAAAAAAGGCUGUCUUAAUGCUGUUGUGUCUGUGUGUACAGAGUCUCGCGAGCCUUACUGUGGUAAUGGACUCUUGGAAGCUGGAGAAGAGUGUGACUGCGGCUACACUGACCAAUGUAAUGACCCAUGCUGUUAUAGCGCCAGUGAAGCAGAAGGGAAAAGAUGCAAACUCCAACCAGGCAAAGACUGCAGGUUAGAUGAGACAAGCAUGCUCCUGUACAAUAAUCUAACGUGUACUGAUGAAUAAUUUAACCCAAAACUAACAGUUUGAAGGACUGUUUUAACUUUUGAUGACAUGAAUUUGAUACUUUUCCCACAGUCCCAGCCAAGGCCCGUGCUGUACAUCAGAGUGCACUUUCAAGAACAGUAAAGCGAAGUGCAGGGUGGAGUCUGAGUGUGCCAAAGAAAGCCUAUGCAAUGGAGUAACAGAUCAGUGCCCUGCCUCAGAGCCAAAGGAAAAUUUCACUUCCUGCAAUUUAGAAACACAAGUCUGCCUCAAUGGGGUAUGCAGGAAUGAUGUUCCACAUACUGUUGGUGUUUAGUAUGUGAAGAAUAUGAUCUUGUGUUAGAAUUAAUUUAUUAUUAUUUUAUUCUUUUUCCUAUCUGUUUUUAACAGGUAUGCUCUGGUUCCAUUUGUGCAAAGUAUGGCUUGGAAGUUUGCACCUGUGCCAGCCAAAACGGCAAGAAUGAAGCAGUAGAGCUCUGCCAUGUUUGCUGCAUGGAGAAAAGUGAGUGAUGGGCUACAAAAGUGGUCAUUGCUUUAAAAAAAACACUCAAUAGGAAUUUUAGGCUAAUGUUAAGUGAUAGUAACAUCAGACUGUUAAAGAAUAGAUUAUUUUUAUACGAUCCAAGGGCAAAAAAGCACUGAGUUGUUGUCAGUAUCUUUAUGGUCACACUCCCUCUUCUGCCCCCAGUGGACCCCAGCACCUGCAGUAGCUCAGGAUCAGAGAAAUGGGCAAAAUAUUUCAACAGGAAGGUCACAGUGCUGCGACCCGGCUCCCCCUGCAACAACUAUAAAGGCUACUGUGAUAUGUUAUUGAGGUGUCGUCUAGUGGAUGCAGAAGGGCCUCUGAGAAUGCUAAGGAAGGCCAUCUUUGAUAUAGAAGAACAUGAGAAUAUUGCAGAUUGGAUAGUGGUGAGUGGCCUGAAAAUACAGCAACUUAGUUCUGCACUAGGAAUUCAUCAAUAUGAUGACACAUAUACGUGCAGUGACUAUUUUGUGUUUCUCUGUAUUUUGACUGAAUAUGUGUGUUUUACAGGCACACUGGUGGGCGGUGCUUCUGAUGGCCAUCGCUCUUGUUCUGUUAAUGGCUGGUUUCAUCAAGAUCUGCAGCAUCUUCACGCCAAGCAACAAUUCUAAACUGCCUCCACCAAAGCCAGUGCCAAAACAAGUGCACAGCUUAUGUCCCUGUUCAGGUUCAUAUUCAUCCAGGUCAUGGUUAUCCAAUUCUUCAUUGAAAGGGCAACUGGACUUGCUUGAAGUUCUUAAAGAUGUUUCUUCUUUCUUCCAAAAGGCUUCAUUAGUUAUUAAGUGACUGGGGCCAAAGUUGGAAAUUCAUAGCUUAAAGGGGUGAUGGGUCACCUGAGAGCCAUUAGCAGGGUCGUUGACAUGGUGUAAGUGGAGUUGGAGCCUGUGAUCCAGCAUAAAAGCAUUGUUUCGAUUGUUGUCAAAAGAAAUCCAAAAGCUGACUUGUAAGAGGAGGAUGAGAAGUGCCUUGGACCAGACAAGUCGGCAAAAACAUUGCUGUGCCAAUGAUUGUUCUCUUCUUCCCUGUUGGUCUCCAGUUUCUGAGAAGACUUGAUAAAGGCCCAUUCAAGGCUUCCCUGAGGUUUCGGUGUUCCUUCUUCUUGCCUUCCAUCUUAGUAUCUUCUCAGCCCUGUGUUGAGGAGUUCUGAUGAGACCCAAGGAGGUGUCAAGGAGGCCAUCUUUGUCAAACUGCCCUUUCAACGAAGAAUUGGCCCACAGUUGAUGUAUUUUUACAUUAUAUUUUGAACCCGGCAUUAGAAAGAGCUGCUAGUGGCAGAGAGUUUACAUUUUGAUAGAUGUUGUUUUAAGAAAUUAGGGGGUGAAUAAUGUUUUUUGGGGGAGGUAGGAAGAUAAUUUUAAAAGAACACUAGAAAAGCUCAAAGUGGAGCUAUCUGGUUUGGCUUUUAGAUUUGGCAAAGUUUUCCCUGUUGGAUUUCAUGCUGAGGAUAUAGAAAAAAGUAUGUUUGUGUCAGGCAUUUAUUUUGUGCCCCUCAUUGUGAUGUCUUUUUCUUACAGCAAAAAAACCACAGCAGAGGCCAGAGAGUUUGUCCCAGCGUCUGCAAUUUCAGCAGAAAGAGGACUAUGAAAUGGUUCAAAUUAGGUCCUGAGACACUGCUCCACUCUUUGCCUUGGACCUUCCUACACUGGGAGCACCUCACACCAAAGAGUUACCUUAACCAUAUUUUGGAAAAACCAAAGACCCUGCACUUGGAUCGAUUUUCACUGACGUUAGCCUGAUGUUUGGGG